UAAAUUCAUUAAAAGAUAAGUAAAACAACUCAUUAACAUCCUUUCCGAAAGAGAACAAAGUGUUCAACAUAAUGGCUUCCAUUUCUUUAAUUGUAGUUACCAUCUUUCUAGUAAACAUCUCUUCUAGUUUGUGUUUUCUACGAAUGACCAAUAAUACUGCUUUAGCAACUUGGUAUGGUCCUCUAACCGGUGCCACUAAAGGAACAGCUUGUGGAUGGGAGGGCGAUGUGAACGAUCCUCCUUUUAACGCGAUGAUAGCAGCAGGAAAUUCAAAUAUCUUUUUGAAUGGGAAGGGAUGCGGACAUUGUUUUCAGAUACAUUGUUCACAAAAGCCAUAUUGCUCAGGGAAACCAAUUAAUGUUACGGUCGGUGAUAAGUGUCCAAGGGCGUGUGAUAAAGUACCUUAUCAUUUUGAUAUAAGUGGGUAUGCUUUUGGUUUGAUGGCACAUCAGGGAGAAGAUCACAAUUUAAGACUAGUUGGCCAAGUUGAAAUUGAGUUCAAAAGGGUGCCAUGCCACUAUGCUGCCACGAAGAUAGCAUUCAAAGUUAGCCCGAAAACCAACCAAUCCUGGUUCGCGACAGCAAUAGAAUAUACGAAUGGAGAUGGUGCCUUGAGUCAUGUGGAGAUAGCACACAGUGGUGCAAGUGAUUUUUCGUCCAUGGAUAACAUAUGGGGUGCAGUUUGGAAAAAAGACAUCAACGAAUCAUUUAAAGCUCCAUUUUCUUUAAGGCUGACUUCUGGUGAUGGGAAAACUUUGGUAGCGAGUAAUGUGAUUCCUCAAAACUAUUCAGCGGGUCAUAAAUACUCAUCAAAUGUAAAUUUUUGAUAGUCCAAUCCUAAACCAAAGUUAGACUAGAGGUUUUCCAUAUAUGUAUAAAUUUAUGUGUGUAUAUAUGUAAGAGACUGGCAAGUUUAAAAUAGCUAAAUACAUAAGAAGUGUGAGAAGCAACCAUAGCCUCUAUAGGCUAGUUGCCGCACCAUUAUAUGCGGUGUAAAUGCAGGUGCUAAAGUUGUACAAUCUAAUUUUCAUGGUUGCAAAAGCCGCUAGACGUUCCCUAGUCGGAGUUGAGAGUACUCGGGAAGUACCUGGCCUUUGCGGAGAGCACUCGGGCCUCAGGAGCCUUGUAGCAAAAACUCGGGGACAACCCCACCUUCGAUACCUUGUUUUACAACAGUGCUAAUAUCCAGGCCCGGCCCAAGGGUAAGUGAAGUGAAGCAGAGGCUUUAGGCCUCCACUUCCCAAGGGCCUCAUCUAGUGUCCAGAUUUGGGGAACCAGAAUUAGGUCAACCAAAUCAUACGUGCUAUGAACUAGUCGGACAGAAAGGAAACGAAAGCAGAAAUCCAAACUACAUUUGUUUGUUUCCGAAUCGUCACCCUUCUUUUGAUUUUGAUUUUGAUUCUGAAUGACUGCAUUAG